AUGGAAGAGGAAAAUCGAAUUUCGCCUAAUGUUAACGAUAAAGAUUGGGUUUUUUAUAAAGAUAGAGAAGAAUGGCUUGAUGUCAAGCCUGUACCGCAGGAUGACGGGGAGUAUCCCGUAGUUUCUAUUUCUUACACAGAUAGAUUUUCUGAUGUUUACGGUUAUUUUCGAGCAAUAUUAAAAAGUCAAGAAAAGUCAGAACGAGCCUUAGAACUUACUAAAGAUGCUUUAGAAUUAAAUCCUGCCAAUUACACCGUUUGGAAAUACAGGAGAGAUCUUCUUAAGUAUUUAAACAAGAAUCUCUUAGAAGAGUUAAAUUAUACUAAAAAUAUGAUAGAAGCCAAUGAAAAAAAUUAUCAAGUUUGGCAUCAUAGACAAGUAAUAGUAGAAUGGUUGCAAGAUCCAAGUCAUGAAUUAGAGCUUACUGAAAUAAUCUUAGGUUUGGAUGCUAAAAAUUAUCAUGCCUGGCAAUACAGGCAAUGGGUCAUUAAAACAUUUAAUUUAUACGAUAAUGAAUUAGAAUAUGUGGAACGUCUUUUAGAAAAUGAUGUUAGAAACAAUUCGGCUUGGAAUCAAAGACAUUUUGUAAUUAAAAAUACAACACAUUUCACUCCAAAUAUUUUAGAUAGAGAAAUUGAUUUUACUUAUAAAAAAUUAAAACAAGUUUUAAAAAAUGAAAGUGCUUGGAAUUAUUUAAAGGGACUUAGAUCACAUUGUAUCAUCGAUUCUGAUGUUUAUAAAAAGAUAUGUAGUAUUUGUAAAGAUUUUUAUGAAAGUGGAAGUACCAAUUCAUUUUUAUUAGCUCACAUAGUUGAUUUAUGCGAAGAGAUGACUCAGUCGAACAUUAGUAAUGAUUUUUUUAAUAUACCAUUUGCAUUAGAGCUUUGUGAUUUACUUGCGAACAAAUAUGAUAAAAUUAGAUGUCAAUAUUGGUUAUAUAUUAUGAAAACUAUGAAGCAUGAAUAUAAUAAAAAAAAUUAA